GUAUACUUUUUGCACUAACUAUAUAUUCUAUUCGUUUAUCAAUAAUUGACACAAUAUAUUUGACUUUUUUAAAAAAAAAAAUUGACCAUUUUUUAUUCCUAUUAUAUAAAAUAAAAUGUGAGUAAAACUUUAUAUUCUAAUAAUGUGCAUUAAGAUCAAUCCAACAACAUACCUAUUGACAUUCUAUUUUAUAUAAGACGGAGUAGCCUAAAAAAAAGACGGACAAAGUUAAGAAAAAAAUUAAAUCAAGUAUAUCAAUUAUUUAGGAACGAAGAGAGUAAAAUACAAAAACGGAGGCAAAAGAAGGAAAAAAAAAUGCAGGAAGGGCAACAAAAACAGUGCUACAGAAUAAAUCAGCACAUUCCAAUACAAACCAAAUAGCAUACCUCCACAAAUAAGGGCACAUUGACCUAUUUUCUCCCCUUUUCAAGGUUUACCUCAUAUUCUCCCUCUUUUCUUUUCCUCUUUCCCCCACACUCUCAUCAUAUUCACUUUCAACAUUAGACACAAAGAACUUCACUUCCCUUAAACUCCAAAGACCAGUCACUUUCUCUCUCUCUCUCUCUCUCUCUUCAAUAACUUCAGUUUCACAGUUCAUAAAAACACCCUUUUUUUUAUUUAUAAAAAACCCAUCUUUUUUUUUUCCACAAUAAAAUCUUUAAACUCAAUAUUUUUUUUUUCUUUCAAAUUGGUUAUGGAAGAAACAAAAAAUUCCAACCAAACAACAAGUUUAACUCCUCAAAACAGAAGAAGAAACACCCAUCAUCAUCAUCAUCAUAAUAAUAAUCAUCAAUAUCAUAAUCAUCAUGCCAUUGUUAAUCCUUAUUAUAAUAAUAACUAUAAUUAUUAUAAUAAUAAUCUGUUACAUUUGCACCAUUUUAACACUUAUAACAGAUUAAUUGGGUUUUUUGAUCAAAACUUUCAGCAACAACAACAACAACAGCAGCAACAUCAACUUCAGCAACAGCAGCAGCAGCAGAAUUAUAAAGGUCUCCUUCCUUUACCCCCAAUAUUACCAUUUCAACAAAACCACAAAUUUAGGCCUAAAACCCAUUUUCCUAAACCUUCUGUUAAACCCCAUAAAUCUGCUACUUCCUCUCAUAAUCAUUCAUUAAUCCCACCUUCACCUCUUUCACAAGCUGAUGAACAACUGGGGCAGCAACUUAAUUCACUUAAGAUUAAGAAGAAGUGUAAUGUUGUUGAAACUACAACACAAGCAUUAGUAGCUGCAAAGAGACCAGACAAUGGUGGAGUGGAAGGACAAGUUAUAUCUCUUCUUGCUAACCAUUUUCGUGUUAAAUUCGACUCGUGCCAACAGAUUUUUCAUUACAAUGUUGAAAUAUGUCCUAAUCCUCCUAAGGAAGUAGCUCGCGCUAUUAAGAAGAAACUUGUUGAAGAUAAUCCAGGUGUGCUUUGUGAGGCAUCUCCUGCUUUUGAUGGUAGAAAGAAUUUGUAUAGUCCUGUUGAGUUUCGAAGCAAUAGGCUCGAGUUCUUUGUUAAUCUCCCUGUUGUUGUUAAUAGUAAGUCGUGUUUAGAAGGCAAUACUAAGGAAGGAGUUGAGCAAAAGGUUAAGUUGUUUAGAGUCAACAUUAAUCUUGUUUCUAAAUUAGAUGGAAAUGACUUGAAGAAAUACUUGAGCAAUGAGGGAGAUAAUUGGGUGCCACUUCCUCAGGAGUAUCUUCAUGCUUUGGAUGUUGUAUUGAGGGAAUGUCCGAAUGAGAAAUGUAUCGGUUUAGGAAGAUCAAUGUAUUCGGUUUCAAUGGGAGGGAGUAGGGACAUUGGAGGAGGAGCUGUUGGAUUAAGAGGGUUUUUCCAAAGUCUUAGGCCAACCCAACAAGGACUUGCUUUGAAUGUAGAUCUUUCAGUGACUGCGUUUCAUGAGAGUAUAGGAGUCUUAGAGUUUUUGCAAAAACGGCUUAAGUUUUUGCACGAUUUACCUGAGAGGAAGGAGAGGAGUUUGACAACAAAGGAGAGGAAGGAAGUUGAGAAGGAGUUGAAGAACUUGAGAGUCUUUGUUUCUCAUAGAGAUGCUGUUCAGAAAUAUCGGUUUCAUAGCUUGACUGAAGAAGUUACUGAAAAGCUCUGGUUUGAAGACCGAGAUGGCAGUAGAUUGAAGCUUGUAGAGUACUUUAAGGAUCAUUAUGAGUAUGAUAUUCAAUACAGGAAUCUCCCUUGUUUACAGAUCAGUAGGAGGAAGCCAUGCUACCUUCCGAUGGAGCUUUGCAUGAUUUGUGAGGGGCAAAAGUUUCUCGGUAAGCUCUCAGAUGAUCAAACUGUUAAAAUAAUGAAGAUGGGAAGUCAAAAACCAAGAGAACGAAGAGCUAUUAUCAAUGGAGUGGUCAAUGGACCGGUUGGACCAAGAAGUGGUGGCAAAGCAGAAGAAUUUAAUCUACAAAUCUCGAAAGAAAUGACAAGAUUGAAUGGUAGAGUCCUUAGGCCUCCAAAGUUGAAGCUCGGAAAUGGAGGAUUAGUAAGUGAUGUACUUCCUUCUUGCAUUGAUCGUCAAUGGAGCCUUUUGGGCGGGCAUGUAGUUGAAGGGACACGAAUUGAUAGGUGGGCGUUGAUGAGCUUUGGCGGAACCCCUGAUCAGAAAUCUUAUGUCCCUAAAUUUAUAAGCCAGUUAUGCUUGAAGUGUGAGCAAAUGGGCAUUCUCCUUAACAGAUCCACUGCCAUCACCCCACAAUUCGAGCCCAUCCAUGUCCUAAACAAUGUCACUCUCUUAGAAAGCAAACUAAGCAAAAUCCAAAGGGCAACAUCAAACAAUCUCCAGCUCCUUCUGUGCUUAAUGGAGAAAAAACAUAAAGGGUAUGCAGAUUUAAAAAGGAUUGCUGAAACCCGAGUUGGAGUUGUAAGCCAAUGUUGCUUAUACUCAAACCUUGGUAAAUUGAAUUCCCAAUUCUUGACAAACAUGGCUCUAAAGAUCAAUGCCAAAGUUGGUGGAUCCACUGUUGCACUGUUCAACUCAUUGCCCUCUCAAAUCCCUCGGCUUCUUACACAAGACGAGCCAAUAAUCUUUAUGGGAGCCGAUGUCACUCAUCCUCACCCUCUUGAUGACUGUAGUCCUAGUGUUGUAGCUGUUGUUGGAAGCACAAACUGGCCUUCAGCAAACAGGUAUGUGUCAAGAAUGAGGUCGCAAACACACCGCCAAGAGAUCAUUGAAGACCUUGGAGAAAUGGUAAGUGAAAUACUUGUUGAAUUUCGACAAGAGGUGAAGAGUCUUCCUAGAAGAAUAAUAUUCUUUCGAGAUGGAGUUAGUGAGACUCAGUUCUAUAAAGUCCUAAAAGAGGAAUUGCAAUCAAUAAGAGCGGGAUGUGAUAAAUUCCCUGAUUAUAAACCAUUAAUCACGUUUGCAGUGGUACAGAAGCGGCACCAUACAAGACUAUUCCCUGAUGAAAGUGAUCCAAAUUGUUUACAUUUCUGUGAUGAAAAUGUCCCUCCUGGGACUGUCGUAGACUCAGUGAUCACUCACCCGAGGGAAUUCGACUUCUAUCUAUGCAGUCAUUGGGGAGCAAAGGGAACAAGCCGGCCAGCACACUACCAUGUUCUGUGGGAUGAAAGCAAGUUCACUUCUGAUGAGUUUCAGAAGUUGGUUUAUAGCUUAUGCUUCACAUUCGUAAGGUGUACAAAACCAAUAUCUAUUGUACCCCCGGCUUAUUAUGCUCAUCUUGCUGCGUACAGGGGCAGAUUGUACCUUGAAAGGUCUGAAUCUAUGGGUUCUAUUAAGGGUGUAGCUUCUACAAUGUCUCGGGUUGGUCCUCCAAAGGCAACUCCUCUACCCAAGAUUAGCGAAAAUGUAAAGAGGUCUAUGUUCUAUUGCUGACUAAGUUCUUGAUGUUUCUAUGUGAUGAAAUUAACAUGAGCUAGUUUAGCUUGUAGAUUAUGGAUAACAGCCAAAUAGAUUAGUGUGUGCCGUGCUGAUUUAGCUCAGUAUCUUAGUGAAAGUCAUUUGUAUCAAUCUAUGUAAACAUAUUAUAAUCUAUCAUGGCUUGCUAAUGGGUAUGCUUGUAAGCUGUAAGGGACAUUGUAUAUAAACAUAAAAACAUCAUUUCAAGGAACUCGUCUUUUUUU